CCUUUGGGCCGAGAGGUCUUCACACGGGACAGAAUGGACUCAGACUUGGAUAGGAUUUCAUUUCUAGCUCAACCAAAAAAGUCCAAGACUGUUUGGGCCACAACACCUUGGACGCUGACGUGGGGAAACCAGGAAUCAAUCCGGCCUCUGUCCCGCUCAGCGCUGCGGGCCGUUCCCAGUCCCAGAAUAACGGCUCUGGCUCAACAUAAGAGAGACUUCUCUCUCCAGACUCAGCUCAGGAAAGAGGAAGAGGAGAGAAGGAUGAAGAUCUGCCACUCUUCCUCUCACGCGGUUCAGUACGAGAACGCCGCCCGGCUAGCGACUCCUAAAGCCCGAGGCAGAAGCGCUCUGGGACACGAUUCUCCACACUCAUUGCUGUGUGAGCAUGACUGUCCAAUCUGGCACGUGAGUCCCAGUGUGAGGAACGUGAUGGUCUCACCUCGAAUCCUCCGUCUGGCCAACCCUAAACCCAACCACCCGAACUUCACCAGCGACAGACAGAAUGUCCAGACAUCCAUCUCAUAUGCAGCUCAAACGGCCAAGAUGACAUCCAGACUCGAGCAGCUCUCACUGCCCAGACUCAGAGAGAACACACACUUCUACGACCCCGGACGGCCAGAGAGUCCGAUCCGACCCGUUUCUAGACGAGCAGGAAAAGCCAGGGCGAGUGCUCGGAUCCGGGAUUUAUCCGCUCCUAAAGCCCUCUCUAAAGAUUACGUCCCACCCAGAGAACCAACAUGGCAGGCCUGAGCAAACAAGAGAAAGACGUGCCUUCCAUCUUGUGUUAUUGUGUCUUUCUCUCAGCAUCUCAGGAGUUUGGUGAUCGGUCUCUUGUUCUUCUGCUUUUCUAAUCACGGUCUCAGAUGUAGUCUCUGGACUCUCGUUGACUGAAAUUAAAGUACUGUAUUAUUCCAGACAGGUCUGGCUUCUCCAACGGGACUGUGUUUUACAUCUGUAGUGUUUCCAGACCAUCGCUUUCAGUGCGAAAACACUGAGACAAUCUGACAUUAUCACCACCUUGUUGCCUGGACUUUCAUUCUACACGGUUUACUGUAAUAUAAAGCGUAAUCAUUUUAUAUAAGAACAAUUAUGUGAUGAAGAUUACCUAUUAAUUGUCAUUUAAGUGAAAUUACUGAACUUAAAUA